CCCCCUCUCUUGUAUCUUUGAGCUCAUUGGCUGUCAUGAUAAGUCCAAGUGUAUUUUUAGCGUGCUAUCCUUUCAUAGGGGUGGACACAGGGAGAAAAUAGAUAUAUACAGACCCCUGCAAUAGAAAUCAAAACAUUAUAUAAAUCUGCUACUGCCAACCAUACAGAAGGUAUGAGUUUCACAACUGCGAAAGGUCAAACUGAUCAACAACCAAUCACGACAGAAAACAGCAGCCGAGGCAGCCAACCAGAAGAAACUGUCACAGAUUUAAACCUUGACACGCACAAACAAAACUUUGAUUUGAAAGUCGAAAAUGGUGGGGUCAAAUACAAACUUGAGAAAGUAUCUGAAAGCCAACAGACCAGGACGAAGGAUGAGAACAGCACUGUCUGUUUGACUAUUAAAAGCCACCGAGGAGGUUCACCUUCAGUGGAGCAAAAUGACCUAAAGCCAUUAUCCAUUGUACCGACACAAGAAAAUGUGGAUUCACAUAAGGUAUUGUUAGAGAACUAUGAAGGGAAGUUAUGUGAGGAACAACGGCCGAGUACAAAGCGUCAACUGUCUGCUGAGAGCGCGGCAAAGUCAGUGAGUGUAAGAAAGAGGAGCACUGUGAAAAAGAGCCAAGAAGAGAUUGUGAAACCCCUCUCAGUUGCCAGGCCUGGCACGCUGUCUGGGAGACCUUAUCUACCUGCAGUCUCCACCUCUCAGAGGAAACCCAGAAAACUGCUGUUCUCCAGCACAGACAUUUUCAGCAAAGUAGACACAUUCUCAAUCCAGAAAGGAAGAGAGUUGAGGGAGCAGGAAGUAUUUGAUGCUCAGAAGAUUGCUCGUGCAGUGACUGAGGGGGGCAGAAACGAUCUGGAAAAACUCAGGGCCAUAUGGAUCUGGCUAUGCCAAAAUAUUGAGUAUGAUUUGGAGGGAUACCUUGGUCUUUCUCAGAAGAUUUGCUCUUCUGAGGAGGUCAUCAGGACAGGAAAGGGUGUAUGCAGUGGAUACUCAGGCCUCUGUGUGGAAAUGUGCAGGGAGGUGGGCAUUGAGUGUGUGGAGGUGAGCGGGUACAGCAAAGGCGUUGGAUACCAGGCCGGGCACAGUUUAGCUGAGAAGCGUUCCGAUCAUGAGUGGAAUGCUGUCUUCGUGGGGGGUCAGUGGUGGCUGCUUGACGCUUGCUGGGGCGCUGGCACUGUGGAUAUGAAAAGCAAAACAUUUAUGAAGAGGUAUGAAGACUUUUAUUUCCUGACUGAACCUAGCGAGUUCAUAAACUCACAUUUCCCUGAUGACCAGACCUGGCAACUACUUACUACUCCCAUCUCAAUGGAAGAGUUUGAAACGAGACCCUUGAAGACCUCAGCAUUUUAUCAGCUUGGAUUGACCCUGACUCAACCCAGACAGCACAAAACCAUCACAGACGACGGGGAAGCAAUUGUUUCCGUGAGCUCCUCUAGACUGCUGACCUUUUCGUAUGAGAUGAGGCAGCGGGAUCCCCAGACAGGAGCUCUAAAGCAGGAGGAGGUUGACAGCUCCUGUGGUCUCCUGUCAGUGACUCGUCAAGGGAUGAAGUUGCGAUUACUGCCCCCAGAGCCUGGGGCCUACGAGGUGAAGCUGUUCGCCCAGAGAGAGGGUGAACCUGGUGCUCUGAGGUGGAUUUGCUCUCUUGAACUGGAGUGUCCAAGUAUCCAGAAGAGGCAGGCCCUGCCUGAUAACCCCUACGUAAACUGGGGCCUAGCGGCUGGGGCAUCGGCGCUGGGCGUCAAGGGUUGCAACUUUGCAGGAGAAGAGGCCGUAGAGGUGGACGAAGGUGGCGAGUGCAAGGUGAUCCUACACACGUCACGACCGCUGAUGAUGGUGUGCGAGCUUAAACACCAAGAGCUCGAAGCCACCACAGCCAAGCGCUGCCUUGCCUCGCAGAUCACAGCAGAGCAGCUGGUGUGUAACGUCAUGUGCCCGUACAAAGGAUUUUACCGGCUGUCUAUAUUCGUGCAGGAUUACCACAGCGGAAGUGGGACUUUUCAAAACGCCGGGAACUACCUGUUGCACUGUCAAAGCCCAGGGUCGAACCCAAACGCUCUGUAUCCUCCAGACUUGGGCCUGUGGUGCGGUCCCGGAGUGCGUACCCAGGAAGCCGGACUGUCCCAUUUCAGCCACACAGGGGCGAUAGUGAACGCACCCCAGGCCCGGUGCAACAUAACCUUCCACUGCGCUUCAUCAGAGCUGCAAAUACACGCGGCGCUCUGCGCUGAGCUGCAUGAGCAGGCUCAUUUUCCUCUGUCCCGAUACGUACUCUUGACAUUUACAGAUACUAAGGUAACUGUGAGCGUGUGCGCGCCCAGAGCGGGAGUCUAUCGUCUUGGUAUUUACGGACGCAAACCCCCUCAGCAGGACUACAUGUCACUGUGUGACUUUAUAAUCAGGAGCGUGUGUGAAAAGGCCGGGGAUCCGUUUCCAUGCGUGUAUUCAGCGUGGGGAAGAGGGUGCGUGCUGCUGGAGCCCCGCACAGGUGUGCUGGCUCCACAGAGUUCAGUGAGUUUUCGCGUGCGGGUACCAGGUGCGCAAAGAGUGUGUGUGGUGGGAGAGAAACGAACCGAUCUGAAGAUGAAUAAGAGCAGAGUUUGGGAAGGUGAAGCUGUCACUGGAAAUGCCACACAACUCAAGCUCGCUGCUGUCACUAAAGAAAGCAAUGACAUGCAUGUUCUCAUGACCUUUGAUGUCCUUAACCUGAAGAAUGAACUGUGAACAGAACAGACGGCUGUCUAGAGGACAAAAGGGCUACGGUCACACUGCAUGUGGACCAGUCUUCACAUGAUGCAACACAUUUUUUUGAUAGUGUGAACCUUGAAGAUCUGGUCAUCCUUCAUAUUUAGAAAUAAAUCAGAAAUAAAUCUGUUUACCAACACUAAUAAAAAAACGGUAAAGACAGAACCAUUUACAACAAAAUAAACAAACAUGAGAAGAUAAACUUCAUAAAAUAUAUAUUUUUUUCAUUUAGAAAUUUUUCAUUAAAUUUAAUUAGUUUUAUGCCUGAAAGAAGAAAACAACUGCAUCAAAUAUUUAUCGUAACAAUCCUUAUUACAGAGCAUUUUAGAGCAGUUUAUGAUAAAAAACUAUUUUUAAUCACAGGCAUAACUUAUAUUUUAAAUACAAAAAAAGUUUUGUAAUAAUAUUCUUUUUUAUAGUAAUACUCACAAUAUUAAAGUUACUGUAUUUUUUUUAUCAUAAGGUAAGCAUAAGAGACUUUUGGCAAAAACACAUGAAUCAUGUUUGAUCAGAAGUGGGCAGUUUUUCUUGCGGUGUAAAAGUAGCCUAAAAAAGGAAGGAAAAAACAGGGGAAAAGCGUAUGUAAGAAACAUCUCCAGGUCAAAGUUUCAUAAUGUCCGCACAGAUUUUAAAAAUAAGCUGUUUCUUAAUGACAUUUAUGUCACUCUGUGUGUGUGUGUGUGAACGUUAUAUUUUCACGGUGAGUCUGUAUUCUGUAUAACUGUUCUUUGGCUCUGUAAGUGUCAGUGUAUGCAACAGAAAGGACUAUUACUGUCCAUCCUAUAGACCCUGGCAGUGAUCAAAAGGCAGAGAUGACCAAACAACUGCCGAACUCAAUGUAGCCCAAACAUGCUAGCAACAACCAUGUGUUAUGGGUUUGAUAUGCAUUAGCUUGAAUGCAAUGCACUGUAAGUCACUUUGUAUAAAAUGCCAAACGCAUAGAUGUACACGUUCAAUCUUAAGAUGUGAUGCAUAUACUCUUAUAUCAAUUCUAAGUUUUAAACUGAUAAAUAAAAAUGCUAAAUGCUGAAAAAGGAGGAGC